AUGUCGGCAAAAACUACUGCAGGUCCUGGAGGCAAGAAGCCUGCCUCUGCAGCGACCAACUUAAUUGCUGGCGGAGGAGCUGGGAUGAUGGAAGCUCUGGCAUGUCACCCUCUAGACACAAUCAAAGUGCGAAUGCAACUCUCCCGCCGAAGAGAAGGAAUCAAACGCCGUGGCUUCAUCAAGACGGGAAUGGAAAUUGCUCGCAAAGAAACGCCUCUCGGUCUGUACAAAGGUCUCGGAGCCGUCUUGACGGGAAUCGUGCCCAAAAUGGCCAUUCGAUUCACCAGCUACGAAUGGUACAAGCAAAUGCUCGCCGACAAAGACGGCAAGAUCCACGGCGGAGGAAACUUCCUCGCCGGUCUCGCUGCAGGUGUCACAGAAGCCGUAGCCGUCGUCUGUCCUAUGGAAGUCGUCAAGAUCCGGCUCCAAGCCCAACAUCACAGCAUGGCCGACCCCCUGGACCUACCCAAAUACCGCAAUGCCGCACACGCCUGUUACACCGUCAUCAAAGAAGAAGGAUUUGGAGCGCUGUACCGCGGAGUCUCCCUCACCGCUCUCCGACAAGGAACCAACCAAGCCGCCAACUUCACCGCAUACACCGAACUCAAACAAAUCGUGCAAGAACGUCGACCAGACCCGCAAGCUCCUCUACCCAGUCACAUCACCAUGUGUAUUGGUUUGAUUUCGGGUGCCGUGGGACCUUUUUGUAAUGCGCCCAUCGACACCAUCAAAACCCGCCUGCAGAAAACUCCCGCGGAACCGGGCCAGACUGCCAUGGGCCGCAUCACGACAAUUGCGCAGGCCAUGUUCAAGCAAGAAGGCGCGCGGGCAUUUUGGAUGGGAAUCACACCYCGAGUCGCGCGUGUGGCUCCGGGACAGGCUGUGACGUUUGCUGUGUAUGAGUACUUGAAGGACAUUUUGGAAAAGGGACGGGAAAUGGUUCCUGGAGGGCAGUAUGAAGAGUAG